AUGCCUUCCACCCCUGCACCGCCAGCGCCGGCAUCAGUCUCAGAGCUUCUGACGCUGAUAAUAACCACGUCGCCAACCCCGUCCGCGCCUUCGACAGAACUCUUGGAUGCGGUCUUCAAAUCUAUGCGCCUUCACUGCAGUGACUUGCUAUCGUGCCGCAUCAUUGUUGUACUGGACACGUAUGAGCGCAUAGGAGACGUUCCAAGGUUGAAGAAGGGCCAGGUGACGGAAAAGGGCGCGGAGGAGUAUGCAGAGUACAAAGACAACGUAAAGAAGCUCGUGCUGAGGGAAUACGACGCACAUGAGAGACCUGACGAGUUGAGUCAAGAGCAAGGGGAAGCAGAGUAUGGCUACAACGGACGAGCGGCGACCGUAACGACAAACUCGGCCACGUUCACCGUAAGCCAGACGAAAGACCUUCGUGUAUCCUUCGUAGAGCCGUCAGAGAGGCUUGGUUUCGGUCUAGCAGUGCGGACGGCCUUGAGAAUAACGACAACACCGUACGUCUGGGUCCAUCAGCACGACUGGACACUCGUAUACGACAUCCCCGUGGGCCCAAUACUGGAUGUCAUGAGGACGCAGGACGCAGAUGAGGAGAACCCGGUGAAAUAUAACGUUGACGAACAAGCUGAAGAGGAGUUUUACGCCAAAAUUAUAUCCGGAGGCGGAGGUGCCGUUGACGCCGAUGUUCUUUUGGCAUGA